AUGAGCACCGUGUGCGCGCAGAGAAGCAGACCCAGCAGGCCCAUGUCCAACGCGACUAUAAAGAACAAGAUGAAGAGAUCGACGGAGAACGUGAAGAAAAAAAAGGCGUCAACACACAAAUCCUUCAAGAGCAGCAAGAACAAUUCCUCCUACUGCGAUGGAAGCAGAAUUGCUAACAGGAGGGAGAAGCAGGAGGAGGAGUCACUAAAGUGUAAGAAGUCAAAAUUGGCAGAAAGGGGAUUAACUAAAAGUAUGAAAAAAGGAAAAGAUAGCAACACGCAUGAUAGUCCGCAUGAUAAUCCGCAUGAGCAUGUGCACGCAGUAAAAACAAGCAACAGUGAAAAUUUUAAAUUCUCCCGGAGGGGGUUCAUUUUAAGUUUUACAGGAAAUAUGCAGGACUUUUACACCCUCUCCGAAGAGCCCCUAGGGAAGGGGACCUACGGAUCCGUCUACAAAGCGACAGAUAAAUUGCUCAAAAUUCACAGAGCCGUCAAAGUGGUGUCGAAAAAGAAGUUAAAAAAUGUACACAGAUUUAGACAAGAAAUAGAUAUAAUGAAAAAUCUAGAUCAUCCUAAUGUGAUAAAAUUGCUAGAAACGUUUGAAGAUAGCAAGCAGAUUUACUUGGUGAUGGAGCUGUGCACAGGUGGAGAGUUGUUCGACCGAAUUGUAAAAAAAGGUCCCUUCUCUGAAAUGUAUACCUCCUUUAUUAUGAAGCAAAUUUUUUCCGUUCUUAAUUACCUGCACAUUAGGAAUAUAUGUCACAGAGAUGUGAAGCCAGAGAAUUUUUUAUUUUUCGAUAAGAGUCCAGAAUCGCUAAUCAAGGUGAUUGACUUUGGUUUGGCUUCCUACUUCACUGACACGGACCCAGAGAUGAAGACGAAGGCCGGGACCCCCUACUACGUCGCCCCGCAGGUGCUAAGUGGCUGUUACGACUACAAGUGUGACUUGUGGUCUGCCGGCGUGCUGUUCUACAUCCUGCUGUGCGGGUACCCCCCCUUUUACGGCGAGAGCGAUCAUGAGAUACUCAUCAGGGUCAAAAGCGGAAAAUUCAACUUCAAGGGAAAGGAGUGGACCGACGUGACGGAGGAGGCCAGGGACCUCAUCAAGCGCUGUCUAACCAUGGACCCGCAAAAACGGACAACGGCAAGCGAAGCGCUGAGGCACCCAUGGUUUAAGAAAAAGCCCAGCAACUUUAAUCUAGACUUUAAAAUGGAUAUCCACGUGCUGGAAAAUUUCAAAAAUUAUGCCCUUAUGCUACGUUUCCAGAAGCUAGCCAUGACGAUUAUUGCUCAACAGAGUAACGACUACGACGUGCAGCAGUUGAAGGCGGCAUUUCUACACCUGGAUGAAGAAGGAAAAGGGAACAUAACGAAGGUGCAACUGCGGAAGGGCUUAGAAAAAAGCAACUUGAUGUUGCCCCCGAAUUUUGACCUGCUCCUGGAUCAGAUAGACAGCGACGGCAGCGGCAACAUCGAAUACACGGAGUUCCUGGCGGCUGCGAUUGACAGGCGGAAGCUGUCGAAGAAGCUGAUUUACUGCGCGUUCCGCGUCUUCGAUGUGGACAACGACGGGGAGAUUACCACCGCGGAGCUAGCUCACAUACUUUUCAACGGAAACAGAAGAGGAAGCAUCACAGAGAAAGACGUCAACCAAGUUAAGAAAAUGAUCCGUGAGGUGGACAAAAAUGGAGACGGGAAGAUCGACUUUUAUGAGUUUUCCGAAAUGAUGAAAUUGACGUUCUAG